UUGAGAGCGCGGUGAGAUGUUGACUCAAGGUGUUGCAGCAUCUUGGGAAUGCUAUUGAAGUUUGAGUUGAGAAGUCGCUGUUUGUCUUCAAGUCUUUCUGUGUGACAAUCGUUAUUUAAAAGUGGGAAUGAGAAGCUUUCAACACAUAAUCUUAACUUUCUAGUGGAAAGAAACGGAUGAAACUGUUCAGAAGAGGAGUUUAUCGGUUUUAUUUCCCAGUAGAAUUACAUUUAAAUCAUAUUUAUUGUUAAGAAUAAGCUCCACAGGAUCAUAAAUCCUUUGUCUGUGAGUGUCAAAUCCUCAUUCCUCUGUCUAAAGCUGCUAUUGUGCCCAAACUUAAGAAAUUCGCCCUGGACCAGGUAGAAAAUGGAACAUCGAAGCUAACGGCUACAAGCUAAUGGCUGCACAGCCCAAGCUCAGCUUAACAUCCAACAUCCAUCAAACCGUGAACUUAAAAGUUCCCAGAUAAAAUGUCCUGAAACUUCUUCCUUUGUCUAGAAAGUGAACGUGGAGGCAGAGUUGUGCUGCUGGUUGUGGCGAGAUCAGCGGGGCUCUGCAGGAGGGUGUUGGGUGUCAUGUUAGUGAAACUGGACCUUUCGCCUCCGACAUAAUUCACCGCGGUGAGCCGCUCCGUCAUCCACAGCUGAUCCCUCUGCACAUUGUCCAUCCGUGUCCGACGUGUCCAACGAAGCAGCUGAGGAUCAGCCGCCUCCUCUGUCCAGUUACCUGCGCUGUGAAUUAUCAGAUAGAUGUUAUCUUGAACCUGUCUUCCUUCUCAACGCGCCGUGAGCAGAAGCUCCUCUUUGAUUCACCUCUCAGACUGAGAGCGGACCCGUCCUUCCCUCUUUGGCUCGAGUUAUUUCUGACCUGUAAACUGCAAACAAAGCCGAGGCCUUAGGUGGUUCAUCUCCUGGUGUGGACGCAGCUUUAAGAUCAGACAGAAGCUCAGAUUGGAACUAAAUUUAGAGGCUGGAGCUCCUGUGAACAUUGCAGCCGGGCCCCAUGAGCCCCCCCAGUGUGUGACUUUAUUAAAGUUUGAUCAACUUUAAAGCUGCUUCUUGAGGUUUGUUGCUUCCUCUCCUUAUUACGUCACUCGUGAGGCCAGUCUAACAUCCUCCUGCUCAUGCGUCCCGACUUGAGGACACGGGUCCAAAGGACGCUCUCGUGGCUGCUGUUUGUCUGUCCUCUUGGCUCAAGCUCCAGCUGACAAUAAACAGAUGAAGGCGGCCGCGGGGCCUGUGCCACCUCCAUGGGAGGAGAGGACGGUGCAGAGGGCAGGUCCAGCAGGGCGCGGUCUCCUUCUUCUCCCGCAGCACCUCAUCUGUACUGUAGUAGGAUCUCUUCCAUUUCCAUUUCUGCCAACAGCCCUGCGCCACAGGGACGCAUUGAGAGCAAAGCCGAGAGGCAGAAACCGCUGCGGGGACACCCUUUGACCGCCGUGCCCAACAGACAUCAGCAGCCAUCCUACGCACCGCGCCUCCGUGUCUGUCUGUAGCCCGUUUCUCACAGCUCCGACACAGAGGGACCGCUUUGAACCUGCCUGCCAAGAUAAACUCACCUCCCUAUUUAUGCCCCUGCCUCCGCGUGCACUCGGGACAGGAGUGUGUCCGCAGCGCAGAGGACAGGUUCGAGUCUCUCCAGCUCGUCUCCAGCCGCGCACUGGCCACUUUUACGCGCCGGGAAUGGCGACUUCCAGGGACUCUGGGAUGAGUCCUGCUCUAUUAUCCCCGCUUUAAGAUUCUGGAGGAACCCACGCGCGGGUGGGGAGGGGACACUUUAAAAGAAACACAGCGGUGAAGUUUUGGCCUCCCGCCGGGGGGUGACACACCGGCCCCGGGCGGAAUGCUGCUCCCGACGCUGGUGACGUGCCUCGCCGGGUGCGCCUUCCUCCUCUCGCCUGUCAGCGAGGGCUGCGGACCGGGCAGAGGUUACGGCAAAAGGCGCUCGCCGCGGAAGCUAGCGCCCCUCGCCUACAAGCAGUUCAGCCCCAACGUGGCCGAGAAGACGCUGGGGGCCAGCGGGAGAUACGAAGGGAAAAUUACUCGGAACUCUGAGCGCUUCAAGGAGCUCACCCCGAACUACAACCCCGACAUCAUCUUUAAGGAUGAGGAGAACACAGGUGCAGACCGCAUGAUGACACAGCGCUGCAAAGACAAGCUCAACUCUCUGGCCAUCUCCGUGAUGAACCUGUGGCCCGGGGUCCGGCUGCGUGUCACCGAGGGCUGGGACGAGGACGGCCACCACUCGGAGGAGUCUCUGCACUACGAGGGCCGAGCGGUGGACAUCACCACCUCGGACCGGGACCGGAACAAGUACGCCAUGCUGGCCAGGCUGGCGGUGGAGGCCGGGUUCGACUGGGUCUACUACGAGUCCAAGGCCCACAUCCACUGCAGCGUCAAGUCAGACCACUCAGUGGCAGCUAAGUCUGGAGGCUGUUUCCCUGGCGACGCCUUGGUGACGCUGGAGGGCGGCGCUCAGACCUCCAUCAGCGACCUGCGCCCCGGGGAUCGGGUCCUGGUCUCGUCCGGCAGCGACGGCCGGGGGGCGCUGGUCUACAGCCAAGUCCUGACCUUCCUGGACCGGGACCCGGGGACCCGGAGGCUCUUCUACGCCCUGCAGACAGAAUCCGGGGCCCAGAUCUCGCUCACCGCCGCCCACCUCAUAUUUGUGUCUGAAGGGAACUGCUCAGAGGGGGCGGAGCCGGCCCACGCCGCCCUCCGGACUGUGUACGCCAGCGACGCCCACCCGGGACAGUGUGUGCUGGUGUCGGAGGGGGAAGAGGGGCGUCUGUCCCGGAUCAGCCGGGUCAGUAUGAGGGAGGGCUGGGGGGCGUUUGCUCCUCUCACCAGGGAGGGGACGGUGGUGGUGGACGGGGUGGUGGCGUCCUGCUACGCCGUGGUGGACCAGCACUCCCUGGCCCACUGGGCCUUCGCCCCCUUGAGGCUGAUGCACAGCUGGACCGGGACCACGGGGGGCCACGGUGACGGGGUCCACUGGUACUCGCAGCUUUUACACUGGCUGGGGAGGAGGCUGCUGGACUCAGGACGCCUCCACCCGCUGGGAGUAGCUCCAGACAACAGGUGAAGGAGGAAAAUAAAAAACGAACAAAAAAACAAGAACCUGAAACCUCAAAAACCUGUUCGAGCCGGGACCAGGACCGGGACCAGGACCGGGACCAGGACCAGGAUGGACCUCCUGCUGAGGACGGGACGAGAACAAACUGUGACGAGACGGACGAGUUCCCCCAAAAUAACAAAGAGACGUCGAAAUAAAUGAGUCAGAGGAACAUUUGUGUCCUGAAAACACUAUGAAACAAAAAAACCCUUAAAAUGACCUCAGUUCAAACUAAACUCAUUUUAUUAGAAUUUAAGUUUGGUUUAAUGUUCAGGGUCUGACAUGUUUUUAUUCUAACAUCAACAGUUUCCUCUGAUGUGGAAUAAAACUUUAAAGCACUUUAAAGGCCUAAAUGAAGAAAUGACCUUUGUGUUUAUGGUUAGAGUUUAGUUCAUUAUUAUUAUUAUUAUUAUUAUUAUUAUUAUUAUUAUUAUUUAUGGGACACCUGAACAUGAACCAAACAUUCAUUCAUUCAUUCAUUAAUCCUCCCCUAAGGUUCCAGUCCAUCGUUAACUGAGUUUUAAGGGAUUUAGUUUCAUAGUGAAGCUGCUGUGUUGUUUGUGCACAAAGAAAAGAAAUGUACCUGCUUUAAUACAGAGACUGUAGGAGAACCAGUAGAACCUAUUUAAGUAUCGUUUUGUUUACAGAAAAUCCAACAAUGUACGUGGAUAUAUGGAGUUCCUAUUUUGGGUGAAGAGAUGUUAAGAAAAAAAAAGAUUUAUUUUUGAAAUUAAAUUAUAUGGAAAUGA